AAAUACUUGAGUUAAAUCAAACAGCCCAUAUUUUCGCCUGUUCCGUCCUAUUGAAAUGGACCUGGAGGCGGUGAAGCGUUCGCUGGAGCUAGCUGGUGGCGGCGUGACUCUCCUAGCCGCCGGCCUUCCAGAGAGGUUCUUUGAAACCUUCGUCCUCCACGGCCUCAGUAUCGAUCUCAUUGAGCGUGGCCAUGUCAUCUGCUCAAUGACCGCGCCACCCCGGCUUCUUAACUCUCGCGGGUUAUUGCACGGCGGAUUGAUGAUAACACUAGUGGAUUUGGUUGGCUCUGCGGUGUUCUACAGUGCUGGACUUACUACAAGUGGCGUCUCCCUUGAGAUCAACAUAUCCUAUGUGGACGUAGCCUAUAUCGAUGUUGGUGAUUCUCUUUGCUAAAAUUUUGGUGUUUUU